AUGUCGGCGACAAUAUACUCUCACAUCGUUGACCUCGAUCAGCUGAUUCCCCGAAUGGUGGACAUCGACGAAGAAAGUAAUGAUACACUGACACCAUGGGUUUUUGAACACUCUCGGAUAGCCGACUAUGAAUCUUUCGAUGACCGGCCCAAAGAAAGGACACAAUUCAAGGAUGUUCUCUAUCGCCUCUGUAUGCAGACGUUCUUUGAGGCCGACGAGGCUGGCGCGCUGGUGGAUGCGUUGAAGCCGGCUGAAACUGUUACACUGCCCCGAAAGAACUGGCAAACACCCAGAAGGGAGUAUUUCACAGAUUCCAUGAUGUUGCAAGGAGCGUUUGUCAGUAGUUUCGUAGAGACGAUCUAUUAUAAUUUGAGGGAUAUCAUGGAUGGUGGUCCCGAGCUUCACUUCCCUGUUUCGAAGUUCCGGCAGGAAUACGUUAUUGGUGGUCAACGAUAUGCCAGUCGUCUGGAUGGAGCAGCUGUCGUUGGUCUACCAGAAGCGCGUAUACCAGUGAUCUCUUUUGUUGGGUACUACGAGAAGGAAACCUGGACCGAGUUUCUCCGGGAAAUUGUCAGCAUCAUGCUGGGACAAUUGGCUAAAAAUAUCGACAGAGCCGGUUUACAGACUCAGGAAGUUUUUGCAGUAGGGCUGUACGGGCGUUGUAUCUAUAUCGCCCGGGGAUACUUUACAUCAGAUCUGAUAGCGUGCGUACACACCAAAGGAUGCUCAGAGAACGAAAGGGUCGAUUUGCAGUUCACACGUAGUUACGAUCUACGUCUAAAAGAAGACUGGAUGGAAGCUAUUCGUGGGUUCACAAGGCUAUUACGAUAUCUCGUGAGCGGGACGGCCAAAGUAGGCUCUAUUCAGCUCCAUGUGGAUCACACCGCUCCCAAUCCACGGCCGCCCUAG